AUCAAAACAUCAACAAAGUGCCGUGGUUUGUACUUCGUUGGUCAGUAAUAUCAGAGUUUACUGGGUGUCCUAGGCAAAGAAACUGUGGAAAACCAUGGCGACUUCUCAGAAGAAUGGACACUCGGAAGAUUUAAACGAAUCCUGGGUGGAGUUGGGACCACGGGAAACAGACGGUGUCACAUCACAUUCAGUUCAUCAUGGUAACUUAGAAAAACUACUGAUAGAGGCUCAGCGGGAGUCCCGGUCUUCUUCACAACAAACCAGCACGGCCUCUUCUCUGAGAGGCAGUCCAAAAAGCCCCCAUAGUCCAAACAAUGAACUGGCUCCAAGUGAUUUCAGAACAAUCCAGGAGGAGCCAGGUACAGACUGGAUCUGGGAUUGGUCAAGUAUGCCUACCGCUCAGCCUCCAAGUGACUGGGGAAGCAGAUUUAAGCAUCCCAAGAAGAACCGUCUGAGUGUACGUAACACAAGAGUGAUGCAGAACGGAGUGUUUUGUCUGGAGAAUCUGCCAACACUUUUGCUCUCCCAUGCCGCGUCUUUCUUCCUAGGAGCUGCUGUAAUGCUGGUUUACCUGAAAAAGUACUGUAACUGGGCCACAGUCACACCAGCCACAAUGGACUGAUUAAUGGUACACCAAUAGGAGGGAACAACUGUAUGGCGAUGAGACAGUGCAAAGAUUUCUAUGUAACGUCAUGUGAAUACAGUUUCACUUUCCAUAUCUGGCCAUAUGUAAUUACUGAGCUUUUGUGACACUUGCCCAUCAUGUUCCUGAUGAUUGUGUGACAUGGAGUGUGGGGGUAUAAUUAACAGGUGCUCUCGGCAGUUCACUGAAAAAGAGAGAGGGGGAACUGAGUCAUCGAUUAUGUUGGUGAUCUCAAAAGGACUCGCAUGGGUGAAGAAGUGACUGAUACCAGUACACAUACAUGUACGUUCUGAUUGUAUUUGUAAUUCUUUUAAGAUGGUUACUGCUUUUAUAUAAUGAUCUGUGUUAUGGUUUAACUAGCAAAUCUGCAUUUGUUGCGUGUAUUUGGCCUGGCCUAGGUUUUACAGGCUUUAUAUUCCUCCGAUGUCAGUUGUUGUCAGUACUCCUGUGAAAUAUCAAAUCUAAGUUUGUCAGCAGCUUCGAUGGAUAAAGUAUAUGACAGCAAAAGAGACUCUUGGUAUUUGGACAGCGUGCAAAGCAGUGGGUUAAGACUAAGCCUGCAAUUGAUAAAAAAUAUAAAAAUACCUCAAAGAUUUUGACAUUUAUAAUUCUUCUGAUUGCAAAAACCAUUGAAAGUGCUUUAGGAAAUGGCAUACAUAUUUUAAUCUAUACACAUAUUUUAUUCUCUGUUUCUAUUACGGUAUUCUUUUUAUCUACGCAAACAAAAAAAAGCAACACCCAAUCUUUCUUCAGUUUUCUUGCUUUUCAUCUUGGUUAUUUUAUUUUUGAAGACACCAUAUAGUUUUAUAAUGAGUUUUUGAUUGAUAGUGUUUCCAAGGUGCAGAAAUCGCUUUGAAAACUUGUAGCUACAUGCUGGCAAUAAAUCUUGACCCGUGAGAUGCUAAUUACAUGUUCUUUUGUGAGGCUAUCAGUAUGUGAUUUUAAAGUGUAGUUUCUACAUCAUCAUGUUUAACUGACCUGUGAAUAAGCUGGAGUCACCAAACCUCCUUUACUAUACUAGUCACAGAUAGAAUGCAAUAUGAAACUUACAGUUUUCAGUGUACAUACAUGUACAUACAGUGCUCUUCAGAAAUCCUUUUGCUUUAAAUUACAGUCAAGGCCCUACAUGUGUUGUUUACCGUGUAAAUGUGUCAGUGCCAUUCCUUGUUUUUUUUUUUGUUUUUUUUUUGAUAUGUAAUCUGUUUGAUGCUAUUUACUACCUGUUUGGUUUUUAAUGAAUUGGGUGUGGACAAGGGAGGUAAUUGUGAACUGUCUUUGACUGCAGUAGCUUUUACUUCAAACAGAAUUACAUGUAUGUGAUUUGCACAAACCAAGAAUCAAGAAACGUGCACAUUGUAGUGGCAUUAUUUUAUCUACUGUUUACUUUCAAUGCUGCUAUUAUAUGAUAAAAUAUUAGUGACAGCAUUUAUAUGCUGUUGAAGCCUUACUGACAGGACGCUGUUGUUCUCAGUAGCCGGCAACAGUUGAAAGGGGAAAAAAAGGAGGAAGACUCUGAUACUGCAACAACCCUAUGUAAAAUCCACUACUUCCUUGUUAAGAAACAUAUUUCGCGCUUUUCGAAUGCUAGUGGUAUUUUAAUGGAUGCCUAGUUGACCCAGGGAAAAGGUUGUCAUUCUGCUAGUACUCACCAUGUAUGUGUAUGAAAAGGUUUGUUGGGACUAAUUGUCUGUGGAAAGGCUUGUGAUAUUAUAUAAGUGAUAUAUGCUGCCUUUUUCUGCUUGCUUUAGUGUAUUUAGAUUGUACAGAAAAUUAGAAGGUAACGAUAAAGUCUCUCUCAGCUUGUUUACACUUAUUUAAUGCCAUAGGUUUGCUAAUAGUUGUGAACUUAAAGAGGAGUAGCUCAGUGGAAAGGAGGUGGAAAAGGUCUAUUUUAUAUUCACUGUAUUGGUAAAGCUGCAGUUUGCACUAUUUCCAUUAGUGUUAUACAAUUUAGUGUACAUUGAAUAACAUAUCCAUGUGGCAGUCCACAUUAUUAAAAUACAUUGUGAAAUAAAGGCUUCCUAAUUUAGCAUUCAUUUUACAUAUAGGCUUCUGUAUAAUGUCUAUAAAAUUAACCUUUUCACCUCCUUUUGUAGAGAUGAGCUACUUUCCUCAAGCUUAUGUAUAUGCUCUCAUUUGCUUGUUAAUAAUACAUGUGUACAUCCAUUUUAUUGGGCAUGUAAAAAGUUUUGUAACAUUGUAAGUUACCUAAGAGCUGCGAAGUUGAGACAGCCAAAGUUUCAGUCCAUUAGGUUCAACUCAUAAAUCAGGGCCACAGCUACAUGUACAUGUAGGUUGAUUGCAGUGUUCCAUAUUGUUUACAUUUGUAAAUCUGACAAACUCUGUUAAGUUGAAGAAUCUGUCCUUAAGUAUGUCUCAUUGUGGACCUUAUUUGGAUACUGGUAUUCAAAGUGGAAGGUAUUGGAUACUGAUAUUGAAAGGUGCUGGAAAGCAGAUACAGUGUAGUAGUCUGAAAGGUGCUGUAACUUGGAACUGGAUCUGGCAUAUGGAACAGUGAUGGGUGCUGAAUACAGAAUACUCAGGGUUCCCAUGCCCAUUUGUGUGGAAAUAUAGAAAAGUUCUGGAAAAGCAUAGACAACAUGUAACUAUAUACUGCUGGUCUGGCAUAUAUUUAGCGAUUUGUGAAAUCUAGUGAUCGGAUUAUGUUUCAUUGAUCACUAUUGGCCUAUUGCACCAUGUUUUAAAUAAUAGUGUACUGCUUUCAUGAACAAUGGCCUGAAAAUAAAAAGAUAACGGUAUAAUCUGUAAAAGUCGAUUUUCAAAUUAAUGAAAGUGGGAACCCUGAAUAUUACAAGUUGAAAGUUUGGUAGAAGUUGAAUUGAUAUUUCUGCCAUUUGGCACCUUAUUGAAUGAGACAAGCUUUCUCCAAAACAUUGAUUGUGCUGUGCUUGUUCAUGCUCGAAGGACUAUAUGUACUUGUACAGUUGAUGGGAAUAUGUCAUGAUUGUGUAGUCAUGUACAUAUCCCACAUCAUAGCCUGUACUCCAAAUCAUCAUAACAUGUCUGCAGGGUGGAAGGGUUUACUAUAAACGUAAAAUGUGGAAUAUAUUAGCACGGUACGUCUGGUGGAUCAUUUUGUGUACUAGUAAGUUCAAGUAUGUUCAUAGAGUAACCAUUGUAUUGUAUUGGUUUAGUAAGCUAUAUGGUUUUUCAUUUGCAAUGCAUGUGUAUGUUACUACACUAUAGUGACUGUCUUAUAUCAUGUAGAACUCGUACCUCUCCCCCCCCCCAGGUACUACUUGUUAUAAUGUACAUGUGCAUUGAUUUAUUAAUUAAUAAUGAAAGUGAAAUCUUUCAACAUACAGUAUUCUAAUGAUUAUUUUAUGUUAAGACUUAACAAGUCACUAGAAUUGUUUUGACAUGUUAUGAUUAUUAUGGAUGGGAGAAAUAUGGCUGGAGGGUGGAAUAGAGAACUGAAUAGGACUUGCCUGUUCGUGGAUAACAAAAACUGAGCCAUUGAAUUGAUGCCGAUUCUGAACUGAGUGUGAAGGCAAAGUUGAGCUCUUCCACAUCAGUUUGUGUAUGAAUUACACACUUGAUUGUUUUUUUACUGAUGGCAUGUCCAAUGUAGUAUGUAUGUUAAGGUGAUUAAUGUAUGAACACUUCGUUGUGUGAAAUCUCCAGCUAUUAGUCUCCUUUAUAUACAAACUUCUAAUCAGCUGUUCAAACCAAUUCUGUAGUCAUAUAGAUAUUCAUUGUAAUUAAAGGUAUUUGAUUAAUUUA